GGGCUUCCUAUAAAUUCGGGCUGCGGUUUCACUUCACAUUGAAGGAUGAGCAAAACAAUACAGCCUUUAAUAACGAACACCUCGUCUGUAAGCCGCUUCUUUACUGGAAGUGUUCAAGUGUUCAACCAUGCACAUUUUUCUACAUGGUUGUAACUUAAAGUUCAGAAAGUAAAACCGUUUCCACCAAGCGGUCCGGUUAAGAUCGGUUCGGUACAGUACCCAUUUAUUGGGGUUUCCACCGUCAAAAGUUGGGAAUGGUACCAAAAUAAGGGAUCAGUACCAUCCUACUUUUUUGGCACCCUUCUGUUGGGGUGCCAAGGGUACCUAAAGGAUCCCUUUUGUUUACUGUUCUUCUUCUUCGUUGAACUUAAUUAAUAGCGGGCUCCACCGUGUUGGGCUGCUAUGAUGUCUCCAUCUGGCUUACACUCCGCUUACCAGAUAAGGGUACGGUUGGCUGUGGAGAUGCACGCAAGACCAGGGUUUACCGUACCGAACUGAACCAAGCUGUACUGAACCAAACCGGACGGCUUGGUGGAAACAUGGCUGUAACGUCACCAUUGUUUUUGGGACUGUGCCUUGCAUGCUUUGUGGGGCGGCUUUAAAUAGCAGCUGUAGUUAUUUGGGACGCAGCCAUAUGACUUAGUGUUCGACUGGAAAAGGUCAACAUUAUUAUGCUUAGAUUAUAUGUUAGUACCUUUCCCCCACUUUGAUCACAUGGUCCCCUGCAGUAUUUAGGGAAAAGGUUAGGGGAAGCUAAUCAUACAAACUCCAUGGAUUCCCUGCUGUAAAUAUGAGAUGUCAGCCAUGAUAAGAUGUGGCCCAAAUAAAAAGCCUGUCCUCUCAGCUGUUGUUAGCUGCUACAGAUACAAGCUCUCAGGAUAAGACUAAAAAAGAUGUACACAGAGAAUUUCUUUGAGAGUGGAAUUUUACAGUAUGUUGCAAAUGACAUAUUUUCUCAUAAGGAAGCAGUAUGUAUUUUUCCAUUGUUCAUCAGCCAUUAAGCGGACGAGUGUAGUCAUGAUUACAACAUGGCUCUGUCAACACAAACAAGAUGUUGACAUAGCCUUUCUUUUACACUUCCUGCUUGUGUUAUUUAUUUUCUUAAAGUCACUGAUCCUACCCUCUCGGGAGGUUGACAAACUCCACAGUCAUUCACGCUGACACCAAGAGAACAUCUCAAUACAGCAGCAGCCAACAGCAGAAGAUCAAGAUUCAGAUGAACGGGUCAGAAAUAGUAUGCAUGACCAACUGUCCCACCCUGAUUGUGACAGUGGGCCUUCCUGCCAGGGGGAAGACCUACAUCUCCAAGAAGCUGACCCGCUAUCUUAACUGGAUCGGAGUGCCCACUAGAGAGUUCAAUGUUGGGCAGUACAGGAGAGAGUUUGUGAAGAUCUACAAGUCCUUUGAGUUCUUCCGUCCAGACAACGAGGAGGGGUUAAAGAUCAGACGACAGUGUGCUUCAGCCGCCUUGAAUGACGUGCGACAGUAUCUCACAGAGGAAGGAGGCCAAGUUGCGGUUUUUGAUGCAACCAACACAACCAGAGAGAGGAGGGAAACCAUCAUCCAAUUUGCAGAGCAGAAUGGCUUUAAGGUGUUCUUUGUUGAGUCUGUGUGUGAAGACCCAGUCGUCAUCCAGGAGAACAUAGUGCAAGUGAAGCUGGGGAGCCCCGACUACACCAACUGUAACACAGAAGAAGCAGUGCAAGACUUCAUGAAGAGGAUCAAGUGUUAUGAGAACUCCUAUGAGACGCUGGAUGAAGUCUUGGACAGGGAUCUCUCCUACAUUAAAAUUGUAGACGUGGGUCAGAGGUACUUGGUCAACAGGGUGUUGGACCACAUCCAGAGCCGGAUCGUCUACUACCUCAUGAAUAUUCACAUCACGCCACGCUCCAUCUACCUAUGUCGCCAUGGUGAGAGCGAGCUCAAUGUCAAGGGUCGAAUUGGAGGAGACUCGGGCCUCACACCUGGAGGCAAAGAGUUUGCUAAGAAGCUGAGCAACUUCAUCCAGUCACAGGGCAUUAGCGACCUGAAGGUUUGGACCAGUCAGAUGAAGAGAACUAUCCAGACGGCCGAGGCUCUCAGUGUGCCCUAUGAACAGUGGAAGGUCCUGAACGAGAUCGAUGCAGGAGUGUGUGAGGAGUUGAUGUACGAGGAGAUCCAGGACCACUAUCCUCUGGAGUUUGCUCUGAGGGACCAGGACAAAUACCGGUAUCGGUACCCGAAAGGAGAGUCCUAUGAGGAUUUGGUGCAGCGCUUGGAGCCUGUGAUCAUGGAGCUGGAGAGGCAAGAGAACGUGCUGGUCGUCUGUCACCAGGCCGUCAUGCGCUGCCUGUUGGCUUAUUUCCUGGACAAGACAGCAGAGGAGCUUCCGUACCUAAAGUGCCCGCUGCACACCGUGCUGAAGCUAACGCCGGUGGCCUAUGGCUGUAAGGUGGAGUCCAUUUGCCUGAAUGUGGAGGCUGUCAACACACACCGAGAAAGACCAGAGAACGUAGAAGUGUCGCGGAUGUCAGAGGAGGCUUUGCUAACUGUGCCAGCUCACCAAUGAGGCAGUGCCCCUCACCCCACCCCCCCGACCCCCUCCUCCAUUCCCCCUCUGUACGCACACUCUACCAAACUCAGCAUCCCUGCAUUGAAUCACUCCUCACUCUACGUCGUUCUUGUGUUCUGUUCGUCCUUAAAUUCUAUUUUUAAGAAGUGAUGAUGGUGAUAAUUGACUGGAAUCCAGUUAAGAAUUUUGAUUAUUAAUCCUCAUAUGGCACAAAUCUCGUGUCGCACAUGUUCUCCAAUUUUUGGAGCUUGCUUAAAAAGCAGAUUCUUGUUCUAACUGAAGUGUCAUCCAAACUGUGAAGCAACGAAACUCCAGCCACACCCGUUUUUUUGUUUUUUUGUUGAUUAAGUGUAGUUUAUUGUCUCAUCCAAUCUAUCUGUGAAGUUGAUUUAGCUAUUUUAUCUUAAGUGUCUGAUCAGUUCAUAUUUCUGUUGGAAGAAGUCAGGACACAAAAAAAUCUCAGUUUCACAAACAUGCACAAAAACCGGAUUGUUCUUAUUUUUUAUUUUGCACACACAAUAAACUUUUUAUUUCUUUUCAACAUGUCUAAUUGUACAGUUUGUCUCUGGUUUAAAGGUGUCAAACACUGUCUACUGAUCCCUGGAGACUCUGAAGUAGAGACACAGUUUUUUUUGUUUUUUUUCUUGAGCAAUGUGAAGGCUCCUACAGUGUAUUUAUAUCACUGAUCCGAAACGAGAGAAGGAUUAAUCUGUUUAAUGUUUUAAAUAAACACUCUUACAAUUCA